CAAUGCUCUGCACUCAGGAAGGGUAAAAUAAAGGAAGAUGAGGCUACCACCAAAGGGGAAAGUAGAGAAAAGUCUCCUCUCAUGCAAAGAAAGCCAUCUUUGAAGGAGGAGGAGGGAACCAUGAAGGAGACAACAGAGGAGGAAACUUUAAGGAGUCAAGUAGAAGAAUCUUCCUCAAAAGAAACGGCAUGUAUUGAGUGCAGCAGUUCUCUUGCACAUGGAUAUACUGAUGUUGAUGUUCACACCUCAAGUCCUAGCCUUUCUGAAACACAUGAUACUGCUUCAGCUAUGACAGAGAACAAAGAGGCUGAGUGGGUUGACAACAACAGGUCUAAGCUCAUUGACAACGUCCCCCUAGUGAUGGCAAUAGCUGAUGAGUUGCUUCAGCAGAAAUUCAUACGAAAGGAGAUGUAUGCCAACAUUGAAGCUGCCACAACCAACCAGAAUAAGAUGAGGGAAGUCUACAAAACCCUCACAACUUCAAAAGUCAAAUCUGCCUUCUAUAAAAUCCUUCAAGAAAAGCAGCCAGGGAUUUGUGAAACAGAAGAUUUCGUCAAAGAAGUCAUCAAAAUUCACAAAGCACACCUGAGGGAACAGUUCAAAUACGAGUUUGAAGGCCCUGAUAAUGAUCGUGGGGAGGCACAAUUAUUAGACAACAUUUACACAGAGCUUCACAUUGUACAAGAAGAUCGACAACAAGAGGGAGUACAACGUGUCAAUAUAGAACAUGAGAUUUGGGAGAUUGAAGACAAGGCGAGGAGUCAAAAAGCUGAGGAGUGCACUAAACUUGAUUGCAACAGCAUCUUUAAAAGUACACUAAAAGAUAGUGUGUCAUCUCAGCAAGAGGACUUGAAAGCUAUCAGGACCGUGGUGACAAAGGGAAUUGCAGGCAUUGGAAAAACUAUGUCUGUUAAGAAGUUCAUUCUUGACUGGGCAGACGGGAAUGCCAAUCAGGACUUGGACUUCAUCUUUGUGCUACCAUUCAGGAAGUUAAAUCUGGUAAAAAAUCAGCAUAGCCUUGAAACACUUGUGAGAGAGUUCCAUCCAGAACUUAAAAAGAUAUCAGUUGCAAGAGUAUUUGCUGAUCACAACGUUUUGUUCAUUUUUGAUGGUCUCGAUGAAAGCCAGCUUCAACUGAAUUUUAGGGAAACAGAACUAUUGACAGAUGUCACCAAAGAAUCAUCAGUGGACACUCUUGUGACCAACCUCAUCCGGGAAGAUCUUCUUCCCUCUGCUCAUGUCUGGAUAACCUCAAGACCAGGAGCAGUUCAGCGCAUCCCUAGACGUCAUGUAUACCGGUGGACCGAGGUCAGAGGAUUUAAUGAUCCACAAAAAAUAGAGUACUUCCAAAGGAGAGUUGAGGACAAGUCAAUUGCUGCAAGAAUUAUCGACAACAUUAUGAUGUCCAGGAGCUUGUACAUUAUGUGUCACAUACCUAUCUUCUGUUGGAUUGCGGCAAAAGUUUUUGCAGUUUUGCUGCUAAGAAUGGACAAUACUCAAGAUAAAGACAUAAAGAUACCCACAACGCUUACCGAAAUGUACACACAUUUCCUUUGCAUUCAAAUGCAGGUAGCUACCGAAAAGUAUGGCGAAGAAAACGGAUUAGAUCAAGAGCAGAUCUUCGAGUCGAAUGAUGAAUUCAUUUUUAAAUUAGGUAGGAUGGCAUUUGAAUAUUUGAUUGAAAGCACUAUCGUAUUUACUGACAAGGAUCUAGAAAAAAAAUAUGGCAUUGACAUACGUAAAGCUGGAGUUAACUGUGGGUUGUGCACAGUGGUAUUCAAACAAGAGGAAGGUUUGUACAGAAAGAAACUCUACUGCUUUGUUCAUCUGACAGUCCAGGAGUACUUUGCUGCUCUCUUUGUGUACCGCAGUUUUGCAAGUAAAAAGAUAGAUUCCCCAAGCCUCAUGAAUUUCCUGCUCAAAGGGUCCGAAAAAGAGCUCAAGUGUAUCUUGGAUGCAGAUCCAAUUGAUUUACCUUUGGAUGAGCUGAUUGAAAUUUCAAUAGCUAAUUCUCUUCUGAGGAAGACAGGAGAACUGGACAUGUUCCUGAGAAUUUCAGGGGUGAAUCUUGAUGUUUACCUUUGUGAAACGAUCUCAUCAGCUCUUCGGAUGCCAAACUCUGUGCUUACUGAACUACACCUGAUCAAUAUAGCCUUAAGUGACAAAGGUGCGCGGGUCUUGGGUAAUGGACUUGAAAACUCUCAGUGUAACCUUGAAGCUCUGAGUUUCUCAACUAAAGACCCUUUACAAGAAGAAAUGGCAUCAGCUAUCAAAUCAGUCAUCAAAAAGGAGACUCUAAGGGAACUUGAGCUGAGUGGCAAAAUAAUGGUCGAUACAUUAUACCCUUUGCUUUCUGAUGGACUGUUCAGCCCUAAACUAGAGACGCUCAGACUGAACAGAAAUCAGGGGAUUGCAAAGAUCUUUAAGGAGUUUGUGGCUGCGUUUGCAUCCAAGCCAUGCUCCUUACGACAGCUGGAACUGAGUUACACCAGUUUAAAAGACUCAGAAAUGGAGAUCCUCUCUACUGGGCUGAUGAGCACAAACUGUAACCUGGAGGUGUUGAAGUAA